UCCAGAGAGCAGCACUGGGUGACAAACAAAGAACUGAAGUAAGAAAUGUUUCGCUUCACUGAGAAUGUAAACAAAGAAUUAGCUUUUGGGUGCUGAAUCUGGAGCGUUGCCAUCAACUUAAAUGCUACGAGGCGAAAAACGGAGCGUCAGACACAUGCAAUUAUUGUUGAGACCUUAGGGCAUCUUGAACACAGCCAUCGAAUUGCCACUCUGCAAGAGAGAACAAAUUUGCAUAGUAUUGGGAUUUUCAACCACGAGAUACGUAGGAAUAAACAGUUUGAACUUCUUGCGUUUACAAUGACUUCAGAAAUUGUGGAGAAAAUGUCAUUUUCUGUUAAUCUGCCUCUUUUGACGAGAGCAACAUCGGACAGUGAUGAACAAACUCCAGGAUAUAUGUUCGCACAGAUUGAAGAAAUCACUUUUCAGCCACCUCCUCACAGUGAAUUGUUAGGGGAGUAUUUGGCAAGGAAACUAGACAAACCCUCGUCAUGUGUGAAACUUAAGGUUCUUAAGAUAAUGUCUCAUUUAGUCAGAAAUGGACAUAUUACUUUCCGGAAAUAUCUAAGGAAUCACGACACUUCUAUCAAGGAGGCUACGUCAUAUAGUGGACCACCCCACCCACUAUUAGGAACUUCACCUUAUGAAGCAGUGCGGAAAAAUGCACAGGAGCUUCUAGAGAUUUUAUUUGACGCUGACCGUAUAAAUGAGGAUGAGGAGAAACAUAUGACUUCAACUUCCGAUUCGACAAAGAAGAAACAGUUGACAGGACUUGGUUCUUCUGUUAACUCUAAGGGAAAAUAUGAAGGUUUUGGGUACACUGCCAAGGAAAAAGAAGAGACAGUGAAGGACAAAGCUAUGGACAUUUUAAUAAAACUAAUACAUCCAACUGAUGACUCAAAUGAAAUGAUAAAACAGGCAUUGACCAGCAGUUCUGGAGAAUACACACCAGUAAAAAUUGAUUCCUUGUCCAGCUCACAAAGUCAAGAUGCACCACACAACACUGAUGUUCAGAAGUUCAAAGUCAAAUCUCAUGUACCUGGACGUGCUGGAGGUGGCUGGGAAUCAGAUGAAGAUGAGAAGUCAUUGCCACAUCCACAGUUGCAGUCUGUAAACAGUGACAGUAAUUUAUCAAGUGACUCCUUGGAAAGGAUAGAGUCACAAGAAAAUAAUGAAUUUACUGUAGAAAAGCAGCUUGUAACAGAAUAUUGUAACGAAUUAGGAUCGUUAUAUUCAGUGCGCAAACUCAAUGACUUAUGCAAGAGAUGGCUUCAGUGUCCGGUGGUCUUCAUUCCAUAGCAUAAAGGUAUUUCAAUAGUUCCUGGGAUUCAUAAAUGACGUGCUUGAAGAAUAACUACUUGCUUGAAGAAUGUGAUGUUUUAUAUGUCAUACCAGCUCACUGCCAUGCUGUUCAGAAAGUUAUAAACCUCUUCUUUCACCUCGUAGUCGGAGCUGGGACUACAAUUAAGGCUGACAUGUACUGUGAGACUCUGAAAAAACUUAAACGGGCAAUUCAGAACCAGAGAAGAGGAAGGUUGAGCAGGGGCGUACACAUUCUCCAUGACAAUGCUCGUCCACACAUCGCUCGGCAAACCGUUGCUCUUGCAACAGUUUCAGUGGAACAUAAUCACCCACCCACCCCAUAGUCCUGACUUUGCACCCAGUGAGUAUCACCUGUUCCCUAGGUUAAAAGAACAUUUGGCCAGAAAGUGAUUCAGCUCUGAUGACGAGGUGAAAGAAGAAGUUCAUAACUUUCUGAACAGCAUGGCGGCAAGUUGGUAUGACAUGGGC